UCGGGUUUGUAGCAGAAGCAGAAAGCAGCGUUAAAAACACACACACACACACACACACACUGGACUUAUCUGCAAAUACCGCCGAAUAAUCGGGUGUGUUUCCGAGUCGCUGUCCCUUCACGCAGCUCAACGCGAAACUAAAGUGCGGACCGCAGGAUGAACGGAGACUCCGGCGCCGGGGUGGUGGCGGCCACCCCACCCGCACACCCGCCCCAUAAAGAGCGUUACUUCGACCGAGUGGACGAGAGCAGCGCCGAGUACCAGAGAGAGAGGAACAUGGCCCCGGACCUGCGGCAGGACUUUAACAUGAUGGAGCAGAGGAAGAGGGUGUCCAUGAUCCUGCAGAGCCCGGCUUUCUGCGAGGAGCUGGAGACUCUGAUCCACGAUCAGAUGAAGAAGGGGAAGACUCCCACCAGCCUGCUGGCCUUGCAGCAGAUCGCUGACUUCAUGACCACCAGCGUGCCCACCAUGUACCCCGCCGCCCCACAGGGGGGCAUGGCCGCCCUCAAUAUGAGUCUGGGUAUGGUGACGCCGGUGAAUGAUCUCCGAGGCUCAGACUCCAUCGCCUAUGAGAAAGGAGAGAAGCUGCUGCGCUGUAAGCUCGCUGCCUUUUACCGUCUGGCGGACCUGUUCGGUUGGUCUCAGCUCAUCUACAAUCACUUAACUGUCAGACUGAACUCUGAACAGGAACGUUUCCUGAUCGUCCCAUUCGGACUGCUCUACAGUGAAGUCACAGCCUCCAGUCUGGUGAAGAUCAACCUGCAGGGCGAGAUCGUGGACAGAGGCAGCACUAACCUGGGCGUGAACCAGGCCGGGUUCACCCUGCACUCAGCCAUAUACGCAGCGCGACCUGACAUCAAGUGCAUCGUGCACAUUCACACCCCUGCUGGCGCAGCGGUUUCGGCUAUGAAGUGUGGCCUCCUGCCCAUUUCUCCCGAGGCUUUGUCUCUGGGCGAGGUGGCCUACCACGACUACCACGGCAUCCUGGUGGACGAGGAGGAGAAGAUCCUUAUACAGAAGAACCUCGGCCCUAAGAGCAAGGUGCUGAUUCUGAGGAACCAUGGGCUGGUGUCGGUGGGGGAAACUGUAGAAGAGGCUUUUUACUACAUCCACAACCUGGUCACAGCCUGUGAGAUUCAGGUUCGUACCCUGGCCAGUGCCGGUGGCCCUGAUAACCUGGUCAUGUUGGACCCAGGGAAGUACAAAGUGCGUCCUCGUCACCCAGAACCCGUUGGUGAUGGGACGAGCUCUCAUCCUAAGUGGCAGGUCGGGGAGCAGGAGUUCGAAGCCCUCAUGCGGAUGCUGGAUAAUUUGGGCUACAGGACCGGCUACCCGUACCGCUGCCCGGCUCUGCGCGAUAAAGCUAAAAAGUACAGCGACGUCGAGAUCCCGCCGUCCGCCACGGGCUACUCGUACGCCGAGGACAGCGACUCGGGCGCUCGCUCUCCGCUGAAGCACAGCUUCCAGCGGGGGCAGCGCGACAAGACGCGCUGGUUGAACACCGGCCGGCCGGAUGAAACCCCCGAUGAGGGGCAGGAGGGUGGCGGCAGCCCCAAGGCGAAGACUAAGGUGUGGACGAACAUUACACACGAUCACGUCAAACCCUUGCUGCAGUCUCUCUCGUCCGGUGUCUGCGUGCCAAGCUGUAUAACCAACUGCUUGUGGACGAAGGAGGAGAGCAUUCGACAGGCUGCUGUGGCCAAUCAGUUCGUUCCUCUUAACACCAAUCCUAAAGAGGUCCAGGAGAUGCGCAACAAGAUUCGUGAGCAGAACCUGCAGGACAUCAAGACAGCAGGACCUCAGUCUCAGUUGCUCACGGGAGCCGUGGUAGAACGUUCCUUUGUACAGAGAGCGACGAUCUGGCACGGGGAGCUAGUGACAGCAUCUAAAGCUAUUAUAGAGAAAGAAUACCAACCUCGCGUGAUUGUUACCAAGACUGGACCAAAUCCGUUCAAUAAGCUCACCGACCAGGAGCUGGAGGAGUACCGCAGGGAGGUCGAGCUCAAGCAGAAAGGACAAGAAGUACAGGUUGAUGCACCUGCCAGCUCACUGGUCUCAAUUUCAGGAGGAGUCUCCGCUCCUCCUGCGCCCUCAAAUCACAAUUUGGAGGAGAAUCAGCUCUUGGCAGCUCCUCCUUCUUCUAAUUCUGCUGCCCCAGGCCGAAGUACAGAACCUGAGGCGGGAUCCGGAAGGCUCGGCCUUUCUGGUCCUCCAGCGUCACCGCACAAGGAGUUUCACAGUGCUGUUCUGAAAGCCCUCAGUGUCACCACAGACAAACCUGAGCCCGAUCAGCCUGAACAAGACACCCAAGCUGAAGAUCAACCGCAGGAGCUGGAAGAGGUGGAGAAAUGUCAGAGCUCCACCCGCACCCCCCCAAGCACCCCGGUUAGAGUAGAAGAAGAACGGCACCAGGACGAGAGCCCUAAAGACGAAAGCGACGCCACCACUUUAAGACAAACCCUCCCCGACCUGACCCCCGACGAGCCUUCGGAAGCCGGUGCCACUGACUCCGCCGACGUCAGUGCUCUCCCUGCAGAAGACCCCGCCCCCUCUCAGCCCGACCCCGCUCCAGCUCAAAUAGACGGGGAAGAGUCUGUCUUUGCUGACGACGCCGCUGGCGACCAGGGCAGCGACGAGUCCCCGAACAAAUCCCCUUCGAAAAAGAAGAAGAAAUUCCGCACGCCAUCGUUUCUGAAGAAAAACAAAAAGAAGUCCGAGAGCUAGACAGAAAAAUGCCUAGCAUAACUAGCCACACGUGUAUGUGGUUCUUUUUCUUGAUUUUAUAAAAAAAAAUUUUUAUCUUGUUUUAUCUAAUCUUGUGUUCACCUUUAGCUUGUGAAUGUCGCAAUUUUGUUUUAAGUAAUCUUUUUUUUUUUUUUUUUUUUAGUAAUACAUGUUGUUUCUUUUUACGCAUGAGUGUGUCCGCUUAGGUUUUAGCAGAGGUUUAUUUUAACUUCCUGCUUUUAUAAAAAAAAACAAAAAAAACAUUAAAACGUAAUAAUAACUUACCAGGCUUACUUAACCACUAGAAUGUAUUUGAAUUGUAUCGAAAUGUAUUCAAGUGUCUUUAAAAAAAAAAGGAAUGCGGAACAAAUCCUAAAUCUGAUAUAAGAAGAAAAAAAAUUAUUAAAAAAUGAGCACGGUGUUAAAAUGUCUAUUAUAAUAAUUUGCGUUACAUUGGGUCAUCUUUAUAAGCAGGUGACUGUCUAACUGGCUUCAGCUGAUUCUAAUCUACUACAGUAUCCAAUCAUAAUCACAAUCUACGUGACGUUUUGUGUCAGAUGCGAAAACACAGAAGAAGCUCGGAGCUGGAAUAAAAACGCAGAAAACUAAUCUCCAUACUUUAACUGUUUAACUGAAACAUCGGCGGCGUGUGUAAUCGUAUAAAAAUGUAAAUACCAUAACGAAUAUUCACACGUUUCUCAUCACGUAACAUUUGACGAUUUUAUGUUUUACGUUUUUAUAUUUAAAGAGAAGAUAAAUUCUCUUAAGCUAUUGAUUAAAAAAAAAAUUCUCACACCUCACACCAUCUAUGACUUUUAACUCAUCACUUCUACGUGAUAUACAUUGCCUCAAGUUAUAGCAAUGGCUUUUUAUAGUUGUUGUUUUGAUUUUUCUUCUUUGGUCACAUCUACAUAAAGAGUAUAAAGCUUCAAAUAUUUGUUCCAUGCUGUAAUUUCUGCCGCACUAAAAGACGAAUACCUUUAGCCUCGUAACUCAACAGUACUGUAUAUACACUGUCUGUUAGAAUUCUUACUCCAGGAUUUACGGUAAUUUCCCCUCCCCAGGCCAUGUGCUUAGCUUUGGGCUAACAUGAAAUAUAAAACAUUAAGCUUUGUGUAGAUGCGCUAGCAUAAAUGAAAUAUUAUAUUGAAUAUUGCGAAAGGCAACUCUUCAGGAUUAAAGGUUCUAACCUGAGAGCACGAUUUGGGCUUAGCUCAGAAAAUAAUACAUAACACUAAGAACGAUGCCAGUAACAA